CGCAACGCGCCUCACGCCCCGCGACCGGAUCAGAAAGAGUGGAAAUCUAUCAACUCUGAUUCCAGUUACACGACAGAAAAACCGCCAAAAUGUCGUCGCGUUUCUUCUACGGCAACGGUAGCGACAGCGAGAGCAGCUCCGACGAGGAGGAACUCUACAGCGAUCGCGAGGAGGAAGAGGAGGAUGAACAGUCCGAGGAGGAAGAUUCCAGCGAGGAGGAAACCUCUUCUGAGGAGGAAGAAGAAGAAGAGGGUGAAGGUCGUCGGGGUGCCAGUGUUUUCUUGAAGGAUGUCUCGGAAAGCGAGGAGAGUGAGGAUGAGGAGAAAGUGACUGUGGUUAAGAGUGCUAAGGACAAGAGGCUGGAGGAGCUGGAGGGCACAAUCAAGUUGAUUGAGAAUGCCGAACGGAUCAACGACUGGACUGUCAUUUCAGCAGAGUUCGACAAACUGAACCGACAAAUUGUUAAGAUUGCACAGUCUACCCGCAUACCCCGGGCCUACAUCAAGACAAUUGCGGAUCUGGAAGAUUUCGUAAAUGAGACCGUUGCGAAGCAGAAAUCGACAGCUAAGAAGAUGAAUGCCAGCAAUGCCAAGGGCUUCAAUGCUGUCAAGCAACGUAUCAAGAAGAACAACAAGGAAUAUGCUGCUCAGAUUGAAAAGUACAGGAGCAACAAGGAAGGAUAUUUGGAGGCCGAGGAAGAGGAAGAGCGCCCCGUUGUUGCGCUACCACGGAUUACGAAAGUAGAGCAUGUUGAGACCCCCAUCCUUACCGCUAGAGAAGAAGAUGGUUUCGCAACUGUUGGCCGUGGCGGCAAGGCCCUACAGUUUACCCCUGAAAGCAUCCUCAAGAAUCUCCGUGUCAUUGUCGAGUCUCGGGGCAAGAAGAAUACAGAUCGCGCUGAGCAGAUUCGGACGAUGGAGAAGCUGUUGGAGGUUGCACAAACUCCUUACCAGCGCAUUCGCGUCUACCUCACUCUUAUCUCCACACGUUUCGACCUUGCUUCUACAUCUACCGCUACCUACAUGCCUCCUGACCAGUGGAAAAUUGCAGAGCAGGAGUUCUCUGCCCUCCUUUCCAUUCUCGAGGAGAAUCGCAACCACGUAGUUGCUGAGGGAGCUGACGAAUGGGAGGAUGAUGAGAAGCAGCCUCAGCCUGCACCUGGCGAGACGCUCUAUAUCCCAGGCAGUAUUAUUUCGUAUGUGGAGAGACUGGAUGAUGAGCUCACCAGGUCUUUGCAGCAGAUUGACCCUCACACUGCGGAAUACAUCGAACGUCUGAGUGAUGAGCAGCAGCUCUACAACAACAUUGUCCGUGCCCAGCUCUACGUUGAGGAGCUUGGUAAGACCGAGAAGACCGAACCCCGACAAGAUAGCAUUAAUAGGAUGGUUAUGAGGAGGUUGGAGCACAUUUAUUUCAAGCCCUCUCAAGUCGUAACCAUUCUGGAGGAUGGUCUGUGGAAGGCACUGCCCUCCAAGUUGGAUUCUACGAUCACGCCUCGCGGCAAGGUCACCGAAGUGGCAGACCUUAUCGAAGUCCUUUGCAAUUACCUCUUCCAGCACAGUGAUGGUAUUCUCAGAGCUCGUGCGAUGCUGUGCCAGAUCUACUUCCUUGCUCUUCACGGCCAGUACUACCGCUCUCGUGACUUGAUGCUCAUGUCCCAUCUUUCGGAGAACAUUUCCAACUUCGACGUCUCCACACAAAUCCUUUUCAACAGAACCUUGGUUCAGAUUGGUCUUUGUGCCUUCCGCUCCGGGCUCAUCUACGAAGCUCAGAUGACCCUUUCGGAAGUCUGUGGCAGCGGCAGGCAGAAAGAACUUCUCGCCCAGGGUAUUAUCCUCCAGCGUUACUCGACAGUUACACCUGAGCAGGAGCGCCUGGAGCGUCAACGCCAGUUGCCCUUCCACAUGCAUAUCAACUUGGAACUGCUCGAGUGCAUCUAUCUCACAUCCAGCAUGUUCCUAGAGGUCCCUCUGAUGGCGCAAACUUCAUCUUCUCCUGAAUUGAAGCGUCGCAUCAUCUCCAAGACCUUCCGCCGCAUGUUGGACUACAAUGAGCGCCAAGUUUUCACUGGGCCUGCUGAGAACACCCGUGAUGGUGUGAUCAUGAGCGCCAAGUUCCUUGCUGCUGGUGACUGGAAGAAGGCAGCAUCCAUGCUCAGCUCGAUCAAGAUCUGGGAUCUCAUGCCCCAACCCGAAAAGAUUAAGGAGAUGCUGUCCCAGCAGACGCAGGAGGAGGGCUUGAGGACCUACCUCUUCACCUAUGCUCCCUAUUACGACAGUCUCUCCAUCACCACCUUGGCUGACAUGUUCGAGCUUUCCGAGAAGAAGAUUUCUGCUAUCAUCAGCCGGAUGAUCUCGCAUGAGGAGCUGGCUGCUGCCCUCGACCAAGUCAACAAUGCGAUUGUCUUCCGCAAGGGUGUCGAACUAUCACGUCUUCAAUCCCAGAUUGUCACUCUUGCUGACAAGUCCAUGUCUCUCCUCGAAGCUAAUGAGAAGACUCUGGAGCAACGCACACAGGGCAUGGCUAACGCUUUCCAGCGUGAUCAGGGCGCUGGUGCCCGUGGUGGCCGCGGCCCUGGCCGCACUGGUCAAGCACGCGGCGGUCCCAGACUACCGGGUGGUCAGCAAGGCCGUCGACCAGGUGGACAACAGUUCAGCGGCGGUGUUCUAGGUGGAGCUAUCAAGGCUUAAAAUUAAAAAAAAGAAAAACAGAAACUGCAUGAAUGGCAUUCUGGUUUCUUAUUCUUCAUGGGUCUCUUAAUGCCUCUUAUUUCUUUUUUCUUUAUCUUUUCCUCUUUUUUGCCAUUAGAUUCUAACUUUGCGUAUCAUAUGGUCCGAGUCAUGUUUCCGUCUUGCUUUGUUCCCAUGGAGUCAGUCGUACUCUUCCUGUUCUGGUCAUGUAUACAGCCACACGUAUAGGUGGUUUGUUCCCCUUUUUUAUCCAUGUCUGAAAUGAAAUGAGGAGAAAAAUGUUCCUUUUCCAUAUGCUUCCUUAUCUAUCUCUUUCUAUCUUAUACUCUGAAGUAGGCGGGCUAGAGUACAAUAGCUGUUGGGUUUCCACGUCUCAGGUAUGAAUUCUAUUGGGUUUCAUUACGGAUGGAAGGGCUUUGGUAAAUGGUGAUUGCUAUUGGUAUAUUUUCAAAAUCGUUGUACUAUCUUAUUCUCAUCUUUGGAAACAAUGCUUACGGUGUGCCCACACCGCCUAUCUACACGGUCCCUACCUGUGACGGCCCGUCCCAUAUUGGCCGCCAGGUCCGACUCCGGUUUAGCUCCGUCACGUGCUUGAUCACGUGAUGUUGCCUGUUUAUGUUGGAUCACGUGGGAUUCUGUCGCAUAGGUCCGCCCUGGCUGACCCCGUAGGCCUAUCUAGCUAGUAACCAACCAACAAUAUACCUCCAUUAUUACAUACUGCG